CGCAAGCAGUUCUGUUUAUUAACCGCUAGAGCGUCAAAAGUUCCCUACUGCAGCUUUAAAUGUAUUUCAACUUUCAGUUCACUGUAACAUCUUGGAAUCCAAAAUUCCAGAUGGAUCUAAGAUAUUACAGUUUGCUCAAAAAAACUUUUCCUCAUGAUUAUAUAAUGACCUAUACAAUAUAAUGAGAUAAGAUCUAUCAUUAAAAACUGUCUGUUACUUCUGUAUUUAAAGGGCACCAAGUGACCAAGAGCACACAAUGGAAGAUAAGGCAUUAAGGUGUCUCCAAAACAAGAGCCCAAUAUUCACAUUAGGAAGUGUGGGGCCAUAUGACAUUCAAGUGAACAGUUUGAACACUUUAAUGAGGGAUGAGCAAGUUUCUGACGAGGUCAUGAAUUCCAUAUGUGAUAUCCUUAGCAAGGAUCGCCCAGGUGUUGUACAUAUCAAUUGUCAGGCACUCACGAAAAUACUGGAUGGAUCUAAAAGGGCAAAGAGCCACUAUUUUCUCAAGAACAACAUUUUGGAAAGGGCAACAGAGGUGUUUGGAGUGUAUCUCGAGAAUGGCAAUCACUGGAGCUUUUUUCAUUGCAAUGUUGACAGAAGGUGCAUCACCUACUUUAACUCACUUGGAGAGACAGAGUGGCAAUGCCAAGCAAUUGCUCAGCACUGGUCUGCAUUUGCAGCCUCAAGGGGAGUAAAAGGAGAGUGGGACCUCAAAACCACAAAACAUAAUUUGCAAGCCGAUUCAGUGUCAUGUGGUAUCCACACACUUGCAUUUGCCACUGAAUUUCUGAAGGCUGGUGGCUUUAUAACCUCCUUCCAGUGCCCUGUAAUACAACAGGAAAGAAUGCGCCUGUCCUCACUUUUGUUUGAAUCUUUAGAUCGAACCAAAAAAUGUGGAAUUUGUGCCAAAAAUAUUUCAGGAAGAAAGAAAAUGGCAUGUACCUGUGGGGCAGUGCUGCAUGUACUGUGUGCAGCCACACCCAUGUGCUACAUAUGUCAAGAAGACAGCAACCCAUUGGCCCAAAUCUCUUUGCCUGCAUCAGCUGACCCAGACGUGUUAGUUGAGACCUCUGGAUCUGAUGAAGGCUCUGCACUACAACAGGGUUGGCAAAAAAGAUGUUCCACCCAAUGUGCUGCAGCAGCCUAAAAAGGCAAAGACAAAGGUGACGAUAUUCAGCACUUUAACAGAGGGAGAGGCGGAAGACCUUGCCAAGGGGUUUGGAAUGGCACUGACCAAACAUGUGCCAAAAGACCAACUACUUUCUGGGAUACCUGAAGAGGACAUCCCAGCAACACUGAGGACCAUUGAACAAAUGAAGCUUAAUGUGCAAAACCUUGGCCCUGAAUCAGAGCUGGAUUUGGCCACUCACCGCUUUGGACCUACAGCAGCUGAUUUUUUCUUUUCCUUUUUAGAGGACUGUAUGAAAAAAACUCAGCACCCAUAAGGGGCACACAUAUACUAAUGUGGAAGUCACAUCAUACAAAUCAGUUCAGAUUUGUAAACAAAAACAGAAAAGUUCAGAUUACUUGAUCAUAAUUUGAUUUUUAUUUCAUUCUAGACAAAUACAAAAUACAAAGUUUUAUUUUUGUGGUCAGUUUUAUAGUAAAUAUAUAUUGGAUUACUGAAGGUAACAGAGAUGUAUUAGAUAACAAAUACAAAGUUUGAUAAAAAUGGCAAAAAUAUGCACUUGAAUAAAACAUUUCUUUUAAACUUUAUUUGAAUUAUUUUUUUGGCCCACUGUUUGCUCUGCGUUUUCUUCUUGACUUAACAGGAAAACUUGAUGUGACAGAUGUCCUUGUUUUUGAGUUUGUUUCUCUGUCUGUCUUUCUUUUUC